UCUACUCCAAUUUCCUUCUUCCUCCACCAACUUCCCUUUUCAGGAUUCAAUUUUGAGUGUCAUUCGUUUCAAAAUUUGCGAUUCUAAUCAAGGGUUUUUUCAAUUGUAGGUUCCAAUUUUGAAAGUUUUAGUCUUUUUGUUGAAUUAACAAGCCUAGUGUGGAAUUAGUGACAUAUCGGCUUCUGGUUGUAGUUCAGGAUUGAAUUUUUCUUCAUUUUAACCUUGUUUUGGGAUUGAAAUUUUGAGAGGGGGUUGGUGGGGGUUUGAUAUUCUCAUCUGAAGAACAAGUUUUAAGGACAAUGUUUCUGGCAUUCACUGGGUGCAUUCUGUCUAGGUUGCACUCGGUUCUUGACAAGAAGUCUAGUGUUGAUAAAAGCUUUUAUUUUUGGAUCUUUCAGGUCUUUAAUAGGUAUAGUCUGGGCACUUAGCAACAAAAUCCCAAACCUUUCUCCAAAAAGUUCAUAACUCUGCUUCUGUUUAGUUCUAUUUGGUUUCCUUUUUAUCCUGUUUUCUGUCUCCUUUUAUUAAUUUUUUGCGACUAUUACAAGGAGGUAGAUUAGAGAUUGGGAUAAUGGGAGGGGCAUCACUGCCUCCGGGUUUUAGGUUUCAUCCCACUGAUGAAGAAUUAGUGGGAUACUACCUUAAGAGAAAGGUGGGAGGGCUUGAAAUUGAGCUGGAAGUGAUUCCUGUGAUCGAUUUCUACAAGUUUGAUCCUUGGGAGUUGCCAGAUAAGUCUUUUCUUCCAAAUCGAGAUUUGGAAUGGUUCUUCUUCUGUCCCAGGGAUCGAAAGUACCCAAACGGCUCAAGAACAAAUAGAGCUACCAAAGCUGGUUAUUGGAAAGCCACAGGAAAAGACAGGAAAGUGGCAUGUCAAUCUGGGGUGACUGGCUACCGUAAGACCUUAGUUUUCUAUCGUGGACGUGCUCCUUUGGGGGAUAGAACAGAUUGGGUAAUGCAUGAGUAUCGGAUCUGUGAUGAUCUUUCUCAAGGACCACCAAAUCAGGGAGCUUUUGCUUUGUGCCAUGUUGUUAAAAGGAAUGAGCAUGGAGAACCAAAAGCCAGGAGGCUUGGAAGAAGUUUGGACAAAGGGGAACUUACCUCAACCCGAAUCUCAAAUGAGCCUGUGAGCAUUUCCUGUGACAUUUCCCCUCAAGCAAGUUACCCGUGCAAUGAGAGUCGUUAUUCAAGUCCAACCGCUUCUCCUUAUGAAAUCCAAUCACAAGUGGCACCGUUUGAACCUGCUUCAAUGGACAGCAAUCCUGCAAGCCUUUGGGUCUCACCUGAUCUCAUUCUUGAUUCUUCCAAGGAUUACUCAAAAGUACAAGAAACAGCACCUGAAUGCUUUCCACAGAAUGAGUUUCUAAGCCCAGUGACUCCAUGGCAACAAUACCAACACACCGAAUUCUCUCCUAGUUCAUCAUACUCAAAUUUUGGGGAAAUUGAGCAUAUUGAUGACCUCAGUCAAAUUGGCUGCAUUUCACCUUACUCAGGACAUGCAAAUUAUAUGGACUUCUAUGGAGAUAAAGACUUUCCAAGUGAAGGUUAUGAUCAGACUGGUCCAUUAUUCUAUCUGAAUCCUUUCUGAGAAGGGAAAGGAAGAUCAUCGCAGCUGGUCUAUUCUCAAUGCAAGAUUUGAAACUUUGGACAAAUCGUCAAUUUGCAGGAUUAGACCAGUGGAGGUGGUAAUUUACGGACUGCAGUAAUCUUUGGUUUCAAGAAGACAAGUUUGGGGAUUGUGAUAAUAUAGGGAUCUGGCUGGGUAGGGUCUGUAAACUUUUUUUUGCCCGCCUUUUUUUUGGCCAAUAAGGUCUGUAAACUCUGGUGCCUACUAUUGUAUCAUCCAGAAGGGUAUCCAAGACAACACCUUUUAUUGUCAGUUCUUGGGGUACAAGGCAAUAAGCACAACGUUUCUCGUGAAUCAUAUUGCAUUGGAUUCCAGUGUCUAUCUCUAUGAUCUUUGUUACUUAAGCUGCAUUAGCAGCCAAGUGCCUGUGUCAGUUUGGUGGUUUUUUUUCCUUAAAAAAUGACCCCAGGAGUGAUCAUUUUUAACGAUUGCAUCUGGGGUUGGUCUGCUUGUAGACUAUCUAUAAUGUUAUGAAAUAAGUACAUUUCAAGGGCAGAAGUUUUCUUGCUGUUUGACUCUUCUCUGAAUGCUGUAAUAGAUGAAAGUCUGAAUG